UGCAGCCAGCACCUCAAGGCAACUGGUAAUGGACUAAUAAGCUGCACGAGGAUGUAUUUUCCAAUCUGUGGUACAGAUGGCAACACUUAUCCUAAUGAAUGUGAACUGUGUCGCCAUAACCAGUAAGAAAACAAACUAGUUGGUAAGAAGAAUGUUGGAGAAUGUGCAAAGAUGGAUUGCAGUGAAUUCAGACAAGCGAAAGGACUCAUGCUCUGCACAAAAAUCGCUAAACCAGUCUGCGGAACAGAUGAUACCACAUAUAUCAGCAAAUGUGAUCUUUGUCGUCAAAACCUGGAAUCCAACAAAAAUGUGGGUGUGAAGUAUGAAGGCCAAUGUCUUCAGAUUCAGGACUAUUGCAAGAAUUUUGGCCCAGAUGAUCAAAUGUGCCCCUUGAAUUAUAUGCCUCACUGCGGUUCCGAUGGGAACAACUAUAGCAACCAGUGUGAUUUCUGCAUUAAUGCCCUAAAGAGCAAAGGGGCUCUGUUGCUCCAGCAUUUUGGAAUGUGCUGAGAACUUGACAGAUUUCCAAGAGACCUCUUUGCCUUAUACUCUAAUAGCAAAUGUUCCAAAAAGAAGGUCUGAUUUGCCAAUAAAGAUGUCUAACCUGCAACCAUGUAUUGUUUUGAUCUCUUCUAUAAUGUCUCACUUUACGUCAUGGAAUGCAUUGCUAUUUUGGUUGUUCUCUCUUUCAAUACCAGGCUCAUGUAUAUCUGAGGGUCUGUGUAGGGUUUAGGGUUUUAACCCCAGGAAGGAAAGCAUAUUUGUCCAGUGUACCUG